AUCUUGUGGGACGGACAAAGCAGAAGGGUCAGUUACCCUUCCGGAGGGAGCCCCGGCUGGUGCCUGACCUCAGAACCCAGCUCCCAGCCCCAGAGGGACCAGUUCAGCAUGGUGCUAACUCUCCUUCUGCCUGUGCUGGCCUCUCUCCUUCCCCGGCCGGUGUUCCCUGCAGCUAAACACCCAGCUCCAGUCUUCUCCGUGCAUCCCCAGAAGGAUGAAUACCUGCUCGGAGACACCGUGGGCCUCACAUGCACUGCCCCCCCUGCGAGGGAUCAGGUGUCGUCAUUCCAAUACUACAGCAACAUGGCAUGGGCUGUUUCAGCCAGAGCGUCCUCCAGGCGGGAACACACCUACAACCUCAACAUCACGGAGUCACGGAGUGCGGGUUUGUACAGCUGUAGCUAUUACACAGGCAAGUCUGGUCAUUUCGUCCCGUCCUAUGAGAGCAACCGAAUCAACAUCAGAGUCAAAGACCCCCCUCCAGAGCCGACGCUGAGUGUGGAUCCCCCAUCUGGCGUGGUGAGCGAAGGGCACCCCCUACACAUCACCUGCAAGGCCCCCGGGGACGCCAGACAGCUGAGGUUUCACUUCUACCAAGAUGGAGCCAAGAUCGUCCCUGGGGACGUUGGGUCUGAGAUCAGCACUGCGGCGCCAAGGACCAGCUCUAUGACAGUCUCUGUGCUCAGAAUCCCGCAGGCUGACACCAACAGCACCGGGGAAUACACCUGCCGGUACGAGGCGAAAGAGAGCGGGAGAUGGAUCCUGUCCACCAGGAGCCAGGCUGUGACUGUUACCUUGAAAGAUCCUCCCCCACGGCCAGUGCUGACUGUGGAUCCCCCUUCAGGAGGGGUGAACGAAGGGUUCCCCCUGCUCAUCACCUGCACAGCCCCUGGGGAUGCCGGCGAAUGGAGGUUUCACUUCUACAAAGACGGAGCAAAGAUUAUCCCCAAGGAGCCCAGCACCAGCUCUAGGAAUGUCUCUGUGUUCAGCAUCCCACGGGCUGGUCUCAGCAAUGCCGGGGAAUUCACCUGCGGGUACGAGGAGAAUGUGAAUGGGAGGUGGGUCCCAUCCCCUAGGAGCUUGCCUGUGAACGUCACCGUGAAGGAUCCCCUUCCCUUGCCUGUGCUGAGCAUGGAUCCCCCGUCUGGAGUGGUGAGCAAAGGGCUCCCCUUAGUCAUCACCUGCACGGCCCCCGGAGAUGCACGAGAGUGGAGGUUUCACUUCUACAAGGAUGGAGCCGAGAUUAUCCCCGGGGACAUGGUGUCGGAGAUCAGCACCAUAGAGUCCAGCACUGACUCUCUGAUGCUCACUUUCCCACGGGCUGGUCCUGAGAGCACUGGGAAAUUCACCUGCAGUUACGAGGAAAACGUGAGCGGGAGGUGGAUCCCGUCCCCCAGGAGCCAGGCUGUGAAUGUCACCAUGAAGGAUCCCCCUCCCCAACCAGUACUGAGCAUGGAUCCCUCAUCCGGAGUGGUGAGUGAAGGGCUCCCCCUGCUCAUCACCUGCAUGGCCCCCGGAGAUGCACGAGAGUGGAGGUUUCACUUCUACAAGGAUGGAGCCGAGAUUAUCCCCGGGGACAUGGUAUCAGAGAUCAGCACCACAGAGUCCAGCACUGACUCUAUGAUGCUCACUUUCCCACGGGCUGGUCCUGAGAGCACUGGGGAAUUCACCUGCAGUUACGAGGAAAACGUGAGCGGGAGGUGGAUCCCGUCCCCCAGGAGCCAGGCUGUGAAUGUCACCAUGAAGGAUCCCCCUCCCCAACCAGUACUGAGCAUGGAUCCCCCAUCCGGAGUGGUGAGUGAAGGGCUCCCCUUGCUCAUCACCUGCAUGGCCCCUGGUGACAUCAGUGAGUGGAGGUUUCACUUUUACAAGGAUGGAGCCAAGAUUAUCCCCAGGGACAUGGUGUCGGAGAUCAGCACCACAGAGCCCAGCACUGACUCUAUGAUGCUCACUUUCCCACGGGCUGGUCCUGAGAGCACUGGGGAAUUCACCUGCAGUUAUGAGGAAAACGUGAGCGGGAGGUGGAUCCCGUCCCCCAGGAGCCAGGCUGUGAAUGUCACCAUGAAGGCUAUCGGGUCUCUGCCCAUCCCCCUGGUGGCUGGGUGCGCUGGUGCUGCCGUGGGUCUGGUUCUGCUGCUGCUUCUCGUCUGUCUCUUCAAGAGGAUGAAGAAAGGUUCCAAGUGGGCGUGGAGGAGGAGAGCCCAGAACGAUGGCUCCAUCAGCAGUUACUCACCUAUGUCUCUGGCAAUGAUCAACCCAGACACUCUGUAACCUCCAGCGGAAAUUACACCCCCCUCAGCCCCUUGCCUCCCUGUCCCCCGCAACAUCAUAGGACCUACGAAGAUCCGUGAAGCUUACCACACUCACUGUGCUUAUCCUCCCACGGUCUCCUUCACGCCGGUGGGCACACACCGGGUCUCCAGCCGAAAACAUCCCUGGCAAAACGAGAUGUGAUGGUGUCUCUUUGCCUGCUGCAGAGAGACUGGGACAGUUUGAAAGGAAGGAAGAAAUUUCGACUCUCCUAACUUCUCAGCAAAUCUCCCCUUUACCAGGAACAUUCAAACUGAUGAAAAUCUCUGUAAAUUUCCUGUCUCCUGUUGGUCAUUAAACCGCCCUUUUAACCUCC